AGAUGAGUAGCGUGGUGUGGUUGGUUGGUUUUUAUUCCUUGUUCUCGUUUGUGGAGUGGAGAACACAACGCUACCUCUCUUUCCCUCUUUUCUCUUUCUCUUCACGAACACACACUCUCUUUCUCUAACUCUAUUUGUAUUUUUCCUCUUUUAAAAAUAUUAAAUAAUUAUUAAUUUUAUUAAAUUGUAAUUGUUGUUGUUGUUGUUAUUGUUGGGGGUGGAGGUUGAUCGUAGCUAGAGUGAGUGGUGAGUGUGGGAAAUGGAAUGUGUAGAGUGAUGAUAUGCGUAUAUGGAAUUCGAUGCUGCGAUUCCCGUGUCCCGAGAGCACCUUCCUCAAGAUGCAAUGUGGCAAAUGAACUUGAGGUCCAGUGAAACAAUGGAAUCAGGACCUUAUCCUGAGCAUCCAGGAGAACCAGACUGUUCAUAUUACAUCAGAACUGGCCUUUGUAGAUUUGGAGCAACAUGUCGAUUUAAUCAUCCUCCUAAUAGGAAGCUGGCUAUUGCCGCUGCAAGGAUGAAAGGCGAAUUCCCAGAAAGGAUAGGACAGCCAGAAUGUCAGGGAAAUUGGAUGGGUCCGCAUGUCCAAAUUGUUUUCAACACCCUGAUGAAUGGAGUACUAUUUAAAAACAGGAACUUGCAAAUUUGGAGCCACAUGCAGGUUUCAUCAUCCUAGAGACAAAGCUGGGAUUGCUGGAAGAGUUGAUUUGAAUAUUUUAGGCUAUCCCCUCCGCCCAAAUGAGCCUGAAUGUGCUUAUUAUUUAAGAACUGGACAAUGUAAAUUUGGGAACACUUGCAAAUUUCACCAUCCUCAACCAAGUAAUAUGGUGCUUUCCAUGCGAAGUUCUCCUGUUUAUCCUACCAUCCAUUCUCCAACUACACCAGGUCAGCAGUCAUAUGCAGCAGGAAUUACAAAUUGGUCCAGUUCAUCAUAUAUUCCUAGCCCACGUUGGCAAGCCCCUUCAAGUUAUGCACCUUUGAUUCUACCUCAGGGAAUGGUUUCAGUGCCUGGGUGGAGUGCAUACAGUGGUCAAAUGGGAUCAGACAGUCCUCAGCAAACAAUAGGAAAUGGUCAAACCUAUGGAACUUCUCGGCAAGGUGAACCAUCAAACGCAGGAUCUCAAGGGGGUUAUUCUCAAUUUCGUUCUGGCUCUGUUCCUGUAGGAUUCUAUCCGUUGCAGAGGGAGAACAUAUUUCCUGAGAGACCUGGUCAGCCUGAAUGCCAGUUCUACAUGAAGACUGGAGAUUGCAAAUUUGGUGCAGUCUGUCGUUUCCAUCAUCCACGUGAAAGGAUGAUACCUGCUCCUGACUGUGUUUUGAGUCCCAUGGGCCUUCCUUUACGUCAUGGAGAACCUUUGUGUGUCUUCUAUUCACGUUAUGGCAUAUGCAAAUUUGGUCCAAGUUGCAAGUUUGAUCACCCAAUGGGAAUCUUCACCUAUAAUAUGUCUGCAUCACCUUCAGCUGAUGCCCAAGGACGGCGUCUGUUGGGUUCUUCAUCAGGAACUGCUGCAUUAAAUUUAUCAUCAGAAGGACUUGUUGAGUCAGGCUCAGCAAAGCCUAGGAGGCUAUCAUUAUCUGAGACUAGACAGAUCGCUUCUGGUGAUGAUAACAUUGAUGAAGAGGGAUAAUGAUGUCUCUUGGAAAUGGGUCAUCUGCUUUUUACAAUUUUUUCGGGGGAGAAAGGGUAAUCUGUAAAUUGAUUUUCCCAUUGCUGGAGAUGUACAGACUACAGCGUUCAUGUCAAGCUGAUUCUGUCAACCUGAUAUUGCAUGCAGUUGACAGAUUCAGUUUCUGGAUUUCAUGCAGCCACAUUGUAUAAAUUUUACAAAUAUUUGUCACAUUUGGUCAAUAUCCAAUGUGAACAUUUCUUUAGUCCUUAAGUCAGUCUAUCUAUUUAAUGUUUCCCAAUAUGUAAAAAAUAUUUUUCUGAAAAUCUAUGAUUAUCAAUAUUUGGCUCCCGUGCAAAUCUUUCUUUGGUGCAGGUUUGAAUUCAGCGCAAAGCCUUUUCUUUCUCAAAACAGUUGGGUUUAUGCUGUCUACUGUACAUUUAUAGAAAUCUUUCUCAACAGCAAGCCAACAGUAUGAUCAUUAUCCUUUUAUUUUUCAUAUUUUUGUACAUUCUUAUCAGGGUUUGGCAGCAGUCAAAGGAAGUCUUAAUUGUUGUAUGCGUGCAUAUUUUCUUGAAAGUCAAAAUAAAAGCUACUGUUCUAGAAAUUAAUUUUUAAUUCUACUUUCCCAUGAUAUAAUUGUUCUUUUUGUAGUGAUUGAUUGUCCUGGAUAGAGUUCAUUUUGCAGAAAUUGAAAGGAAAGAGUCUAAACUGUGAAUUUUGGAGGCAGCAUAAGCACAUGCUAAUUGUAUGCUGUUUUUGCAAAUAUCAAGCCUAAACGCCAAUGUGACAUUACUUCUUGUAGGGUUUCAGGCUACAAUUUACUUAAUUACAUGCUCCAAUUAAUGGUGAGUGAAUGGAUGGUCUUUUCUGGCUUGGAGUUUGAUUAACAGUUCGCAUGCAAAUCAUCGUUGGGAAUUUAAAUAUUUUUGGGAGGCUUAUUAGAAGCAUUGUUUCAGUGGCUGAAUAUAGAUGUAUGUGAUGUGUAAUGUGUUGCUCGCUGAUUCUAGUAUGUGUU